AAAACAAAAAAAAGCAUGGGAUUCAUAGAUGGGUCCAGUGUUUUCUUCUUGUUCUCAGUCACUCAGAGUGGAAGGUGUUGAAGGUAGUGGGAAUGGAGAGGGAAAGGGGAAAGAGACGGUGGAGGAUGAAACAGAAGGAGGACUUGGUUUCCCUUCUGCGGAAAUCAUGGUACCAUUUGAGGUUGUCGAUCCGACACCCCUCGCGGGUUCCAACCUGGGAUGCCAUUGUCCUCACUGCCGCUAGCCCCGAACAAGCUCAAUUGUACAACUGGCAACUGGAGCGGGCCAAGCGCAUGGGUCGGAUCUCCGCGACCACCGUCACCCUCGCCGUGCCCGACCCUCUCGGCUGCCGGAUCGGAUCCGGCGCCGCCACUCUUAAUGCCAUCCACGCUCUCGCCCUCCACUACUGUCACUCUCAAUCACCGACAAAUGGUAAUGGAAGUGACGAUGCAGUUUCUGUUUUGGCGAAGAAGCACGUAUUGUUGCUCCAUGCUGGAGGUGAUUCAAAACGGGUGCCGUGGGCAAACCCUAUGGGGAAAGUGUUCUUGCCUCUUCCUUAUUUAGCUGCUGACGACCCUGAUGGCCCCGUUCCCCUCCUGUUUGACCAUAUUCUUGCGAUUGCUUCUUGUGCAAGACAAGCUUUUGGAAAUGAAGGUGGAAUGUUAACCAUGACUGGUGAUGUUCUCCCAUGUUUUGAUGCAUCCCUCGUGACUCUUCCUAUGGACACUUCCUGUAUCAUCACUGUUCCCAUCACCCUUGAUGUUGCUGCAAACCAUGGAGUAAUAGUUGCGGCUGAAACUGAGCAUUCAACUCAAAACUAUGCAGUUAGUUUAGUUGAUAAUCUUCUACAGAAACCUUCUGUAGAUGAGUUAGUUAAAAGUAAGGCAAUUCUUGCUGAUGGUAGAACACUUCUUGAUACUGGAAUAAUAACAGUUAGAGGUAAGGCGUGGUUGGAGCUUGUUACACUUGCAUCUUCCUGUCAGCAGAUGAUUUCAGAGCUCCUAAAGAUCAAAAAAGAGAUGAGUUUAUAUGAAGAUCUGGUUGCUGCCUGGGUACCUGCAAAGCAUGAGUGGCUAAGAAAGCGUCCUUUGGGUGAAGAACUAGUCAAUAAAUUGGGAAACAGGAAGAUGUUCAGCUACUGUGCCUAUGAUUUGUUGUUCUUGCAUUUUGGAACCUCAAAUGAAGUUUUAGAUCAUCUCAGUGGUGUUGGUUCAGAACUGGUUGGUAGAAGACAUCUGUGUUCUAUUCCAGCAACCACUGCAUCUGACAUUACGGCAUCUGCUAUUAUUCUUUCUAGUAAAAUUGCACCCGGUGUGUCAAUCGGAGAAGAUUCUCUCAUAUAUGAUUCUUCCAUUUCUGGUGAAAUACAUAUUGGCUCCUUGUGUAUAGUGGUUGGUGUCAAUAUACCUGUCGACAACCUUUUAAGUAUUGACAAUUCAAUGAAGUUCAUGCUUCCAGAUCGUCAUUGUCUUUGGGAGGUUCCGUUGAUUGGAAAUAGGGAGCGAGUUCUAGUAUAUUGUGGCCUUCAUGAUAACCCCAAAAGUUCACUCUCUAAAGAUGGUACAUUUUGCGGGAAACCUUGGAAGAAAAUUUUACAUGAUUUGGGUAUCGAUGAAAGUGACUUAUGGGGGUCUGAAGGCCCUGAUGAAAAAUAUUUAUGGAAUUCGAAAAUAUUUCCCAUACUUCCGUAUGUUCAAAUGAUGAAGGUUGCAAUGUGGUUGAUGGGAUUAGCCAAUGAAAAGAGUGAAUCCAUGCUUCCUUUGUGGAAGCAUUCUCGGCGCAUCAGUUUGGAAGAAUUGCAUAGAUCUAUCGAUUUUUCAACUAUAUGCAAAGAUUCUUGUAAUCAUCAAGCUGAUCUUGCAGCGGGAAUUGCAAAUGCUUGCAUCAGCUAUGGAAUGCUGGGGCGCAAUUUGUCGCAAUUAUGUGAAGAAAUUCUUCAAAAAGAGGGUUCUGGAAUUGAAACAUGUAAGGAUUUCCUAGCUAUGUGCCCCAUAGUUCGGGAGCAAAACUCUAAUAUACUUCCCAAAAGUCGGGCAUACCAGGUGCAAGUUGAUCUUCUUCGUGCUUGCAAUGAAGAAGAGACAGCUCGUGAGUUGGAGCCCAAAGUUUGGGCUGCUGUUGCUGACGAAACUGCUUCAGCAGUAAGAUAUGGGUUCAAAGAACAUUUAUCAGAGUCUCCUGGUAGCUGUUCAGGUCAGGAAUUCCAGAAUAACAAUCACAAUGGCUGCAUUCAUCAGCCUUUCCAUCCUAGAAAGGUAAAAGUAGAAUUACCAGUUCGUGUAGAUUUUGUUGGGGGUUGGAGUGAUACUCCUCCAUGGAGCAUUGAACGUGCUGGAUGUGUUUUGAAUAUGGCAAUAAGCUUGGACGGUUCUUCACCAAUUGGCACCAUCAUAGAGACAACUGAAACAGAAGGAAUAUUAAUUACCGAUGAUGCAGAUAAUCAGUUGUUUGUUGAAGAUUAUACGACUAUUUGUGCACCAUUUCAUGGCGAAGAUCCAUUUCGGUUGGUCAAAUCUGCAUUACUUGUGACUGGAAUUAUUCAUGAUAACAUUCUUGUAGAUAUGGGCUUGCACAUCAAAACAUGGGCCAAUGUCCCCCGUGGCAGCGGAUUGGGUACCUCUAGUAUCUUGGCUGCUACAGUGGUGAAAGGCCUUCUGCAGAUAAUUGAUGGGGAUGACAGCACUGAGAAUGUUGCUAGACUUGUUUUGGUGUUGGAGCAACUUAUGGGUACAGGAGGUGGUUGGCAGGAUCAGAUCGGAGGUCUGUACCCUGGGAUUAAAUGUACUUCAAGCUUUCCGGGAAUUCCUUUGAGGCUUCAAGUUGUUCCCCUGUUGGCUUCCCCUCAGUUAAUUUCAGAGCUGCAGCAACGACUUCUUGUGGUAUUUACUGGUCAAGUUCGACUUGCACGUAAGGUAUUGCAGAAGGUGGUUAUUAGAUAUCUUCGCCGUGAUAAUCUUCUUGUAUCAAGUAUCAAACGCCUUGUUGAACUGGCAAAGAUUGGGAGAGAAGCUUUGAUGAACUGUGACUUAGAUGAACUUGGUGAUAUCAUGCUAGAAGCUUGGAGAUUGCAUCAGGAACUCGACCCUUACUGCAGCAACGAGUAUGUUGAUAGUCUGUUUUCUUUUUCCUCUCCGUACUGCUGUGGCUACAAGCUGGUUGGAGCUGGUGGUGGGGGCUUUGCUCUGUUGCUUGCCAAGGAUGUAGAGUGUGCCAAGGAACUGAGACACAGGCUAGAACAUGAAAAACAGUUUGACGUGAAAAUAUAUGAUUGGCAGAUAUUCCUAUAAUACAUGGUAUGACUACCGAUACUUUGUUAGUUUUACAGUUGUAUUGUUUUCUAUCAAAUUUAUUUUUCCAUUCUUUGUAUAUUCUGCCCUAGAUAUUGAAUCAGUGUCCAUUAUCUUGAGGAUGAUUAUAUCUCUUAAUUUAUUCCAGCUUACUGAAUAAGAUUUUUAAGGAAUUAAUUAGUA